AUGAAAUCAAGCCAAAAGAGCAGUGGUAAUGCGGAUAUAGAUAUUGGAACGUCUAUCGAAGUCAUUCAAACAUAUGAGUAUGUUUACAAUCUUAUGCAUAAAGAUUAUAAGAAUUCGAAAAAGAAAGAUGCAGCGUGGGAGGUAAUUGCGGAAACCGUGAACGCUAGUGUGGAAGAGUGCCAGAAGCUAUGGAAAAGCCUAAGGGACCGUUUUGUGAAAGAGAAAAAUAAAAUACAUUCUGGAAUGGAGGCACCAGAAAGUUCAUGGCCACAUUUUAACAGCAUGCUAUUUUAUGGCAAUUUUUCUAGGAAAAGAAAAACAUAUACUGCAACAAAAGCAGUAGAAAAAAAAAUCCGACAUAGUGAAGAAGAGAGUGAACCUUCUUCUAUUGGCUCGUAUUCACCAAUAGAAAUCAUUUAUGAGGAUGAGCAAGGAACCUCUCAAGAUAUGGAUUCAGCCAGAAAUUACGAAACCCCAUCCACUUCAAAAGGCUUAUUUACUCCAAAAGGAUCAACAAAGGCAUCAAAGCGGCAUGAUGCUGAAAUUUCAAAUUUGAUAAUGGCCGCUGAGAAAAUUGUUAGUGGUAUAGCUGCAGACAGAUGUGAAAAAACAUCUGUAAAUAAAACCUUUUCACAGUAUGUCUGUGCACGUUUAGACGCAAUGAAUGCUGAAGAUGCUGCUGAAGCAAGAAAGCAGAUAUGUGCAUAUUUAGAGUAG